GGCAGUUCGCCCGUGGCAUAGUGCAGCGUUGUCCGCCAAUGUGGGCGCUUCAGAGAGGCUUUCGCUUUUCCGGCACGGGCCCUGUCCGGAGCGCGGCAUCGCUGAGCGACUCUAUCAGCUCGCCUCACACGAGAUAUUGGGCGCUGGUGGGGGUCUCUAGCUUGUCCUAUGCUGGUGCCUGCUAUUUCUUCUUUUACCACACCCAGCCUUUUGGGCAACGCUGCUACCAGCGGCUUCGUGCCCAAGUAAGUGCCAAGGAGGUGCACGGCCGCAUGCAGAACGAGCUGGAGCUCAGCGGCGUGGUGGCGGCCGUGAUGACCUCCGCGGCCUUCAGUUCCUUCCGGGAGCCCCCGGUGCCCAGUAAAACCAUGCCGAGGCUGCCACAGCUUUGCGGCAGUUUCAUGGGCUUGGGCAUGACUCUGAACUUCUUUGCUCUCAUCGUCGCUUUGCAUAUGCAGAUGAAGCUCAAUGAGUACGAAGACGGCGCGGAGUUCCUCCGGGUCCAUGAGAGGACGGUGCUGCCUUUGCACCGGCGCCUGCUCUUCGCCGGGGGCCUGGCGCUGUGUUUGGGCAAAGUGGCCCUGAGCUUCACGCUCUACGAAGCACCCGCGGCACUUCUCACGGCGGCGUCCCUGACGUCAGGCGGCUUGGGUUUGGCUUGGCUGAUCCGAGAAGAGCUGGACCUCCCAGAGUGGCCAAAGCUGCAAACGAGAGGCGCACGGAAAUCUCAAGAUUGACCUGGAUUCGGCCACCAGCCGACAUCGCCUCGAGCUGCGCCCAAGAAGUGGUGGCGGGGCCCCACCGGAUGGAGUGCAUCGAUCGCUGCCCAUCGCAGCUCGUGCAGUCGCGCGUCGGGCCGGAUCUGUGCAACCUGUGAUGGCCUGGCACUUCGAGG